AUGUGGGAUUAUCCAUAUGGAAUUGAAGUAGCAAAAUUCUAUAUGGGAAAGUCCCAUGUGGAUCCCUGUGAAGAAAGUGAAUGUUGCAAUAAUCUAUGGGUGAGGCAAAGUAAAUAUAUAGGAUAUUUAAAAAAACAAUUGAAUUCAAAAUUAUUUGGCCAGCACCUAGUCGAAGAUCUUGUUGUUAAUCCUAUUAAUGAUCAUAUUGAAAAUAACAAUCCAAGUUCGCCAUUGGUCAUGUCAUUCCAUGGAUGGACUGGGUCUGGAAAAAAUUUUGUUUCACAAAUAAUUGCCAAAUCUUUGUUCAAAAAAGGUAUGAAUAGUAAAUUUGUUCAUAUAAAAGUUGCAACAAAAGAUUUUCCUCAUAAAAAAAUGUUAACAGAAUACAAAAAUGAAUUAUCUAAACAUAUAGAAAAGAAUGCUAGGCUAUGUGAACGAACAUUAUUUAUUUUUGAUGAACUUCAUAAAAUGCCAGAGGGUCUAGGCAAUACUAUUGCUCCUUAUUUAGACUACAAUGUUCAGUUAGAUGGUAUUGAUUAUCGCAAAAAUAUAUUUAUUUUUUUAAGCAAAGCUAUUGCUGAUGAAAUGCUUUAUUUUCCUGACAAAGAACAAUGGUUUUCAGCAACAGGUUGUAAAACAGUUAAUAAAAAAGUAACAUCAUAUUUAUAA